AUGUUGACCACUAUGUCGCGGCAUUCAGAUAUGUCCGAUGACUCGGACUCCCCCGACGUCAAGUGCUUCCAAGAACUACCUGAUGACACAUAUGAAGCCAUCGGGUCGGAGGCCAGCGCUAUCCGGAAGAUCAUAAGAGAGCAGCAGGACCUUCCCAUCAAGGUGAUGAAAUACCUGCGUUUCACAAACGUCCCAUCAACUAUUGCGGAAAAGUUUUCUUCGAGCUCCACUCGACAUAUGUUCAGUUACGACACUCGAUCUAUGAUCAUAAAGCUCGUGACUGGGGCCCAUGACGCAGCUUCACGCGGCCUGUUUGGUGAAGUGCAAAAUGUGGUACGCGAUAUGACACUGCAUCGGUCGAUUCACCCGGUAGGGUCUAAACGCGUCCGAGGUGUGUCUUCUUCAAAGGAGGCCGACGAGUCAUGGGUCCCUACGCAACCUGUUCCAGGUCGCGAUGCAAAAUGGCCGACCGUUGUGGUCGAAGUUGGAGUCUCUGAGUCCUAUCGAAAGUUGAAGGCAGAUGCAGAAUGGUGGCUCACGAACUCGAGGGGCGAUGUGAAGCUUGUAAACAUCGUGUCUAUCAAUCGAAAGACACCCAAUAUCAAGUUUGAGACUGUUUGUUUGGACAUCAGUUCCUUACGACACCAGCGGCCCCGCUACGUCCCAACUAUACGGCAGUCCAUUACGACAUCCCGCCGCGGCGCACAGAUUACCACCAGCCCAGCAGUAGCCUUGACAAUCGAGUUUGAGGAAUUGUUUUGUUGCCAACCAGUCCCGCCCGAGCAUAACAUUGAAAUCUCACCUGAUCAGUUGGGAGAUAUCUCAAGCGACAUCUGGACGGAGCAAGGUCUAUAA